GGUGGGGUUUUUGAGUCACCGAAGGUGCGGGGCCCUGCGGUGCAGGUAGAGGGUAGCGCGGCCUCCGGAAGCGAGGGGGCGCUGUGCCAGCGCAGGCUCUGUGCGGGGCCCGCGUCGCUCCUUCCUGACCAGGAGGUGCGGCUGCCAUGGCGCGGAAUGUGUUGUACCCCCUCUACCAGUUGGGUGGCCCUCAGCUUCGUGUAUUUCGGACUAACUUCUUCAUUCAGCUGGUGCGGCCUGGUACUGCACAGCCUGAAGAUACUGUGCAAUUCCGGAUACCCAUGGAGAUGACCAGGGUGGACCUUCAGAAUUACCUGCAACAGAUUUACAAUGUUCCCGUGGCUGCUGUGCGCACACGGGUGCAGCAUGGCUCCAACAGGAGGAGGGAUCACAAGAAUGUGAGGAUCAAGAAACCAGACUACAAAGUGGCCUACGUGCAGCUGGCCCACGGGCAGACCUUCACUUUCCCAGAUCUUUUUCCAGAGAAGGAGCCCAGUUCUCCAGACCCUCUGGAAGAGAAGCUACCCCAGCAGAGGCAAAGCAGCGACCCGAGGUGCCCUGGUAUCCCUUCCUGGUUUGGCCUAUGACCUAUGACAGCAGAGUCUGGGCCACAGACCCUAGUGAGCACAGUGGUUCUGACAAGCCCAAAUAAAAAUUCUUUGUGGAGAAAGAA